GUUUCCGAGAAAGAGAAGGUCCGUGCUUGUCUGGCUAAUGAUGAAAAAGGAAGUGGGUACAGGCAAUAACUGCUGUUAAAACUGAAUGUUUUUAGCAGAUGGCGUGAAGUCAUCCGCUGCGAUAAUGUUCCAUGACAUAUCACUCCUUGUAGUAUUCAGUACACUUCGGCAGAAAACUGGAUAAAAAAAUACACAUGUUGCUCUUUUUAACAUGUCGGACUGGAAUAUCGAAAAUGAAUACUUGUACAAAUUGCCCCCUGCGAUCUUAUACGAAUUUAACAAAGUUAUGGACUGCCUCCCGAACAGUGACUGGGACAGAUUCGCCUCCCGCGUGGUCAGGGACCAGACGGACCUGCGUCAGUCGGCGCGGAAGGAGCGGCGGACGGACGUGGUGAUGCAGCUGUGGGGCGACCGGAACGGCACGGUCGGGGAGCUGCUGAGCCUCCUCGCCGAGCUCCAGCUGCUGAGAGCUCGAGACAUCAUCCUCCGCUGGAGUCCUGUACGCCCCUCUCCAGAGAUGGCAAGUAACAACGUGUACAUAUCUUGUAAGAGUUUUCCCCCUUCGCCGUCAAAAGAAAACCUGGAGGAUAAUCAGGAAACCAGGCCAUUCAUCGACAGAGGUACACCCAAGCCUCUGCCAAAACCAGGCCCUCCUCCUUCGGGUUUGGAGUCCAGGGAGAAGAUGGAAUCCAUCACAGCUCCUCAGUCUGCGUGCUUGUCCAACACACCUGGCAAGAAUAUCCUCCAGUCCCACAAUGCCAUGUGCUGGCCAUUUGAAGAGGUGCAGCGUGGGACGAACAAUUUCACGGAAGCACUGCAGAUUGGAGAGGGGGGGUUUGGUCGGGUGUACCGGGCCACCCUGAGGAACACUGAAUACGCUGUGAAGAGGCUGAAGCAGGACUCGCGGCUGAACUGGCCGUUGAUGAGGGAGAGCUUCCGGACCGAGGUGGAGAAGCUUUCGCAGUACCGGCACCCCAACAUUGUGGAGUUUGCGGGUUACUGCGUGGGGGGAGGGGAGCACUGUUUGCUGUACCCGUUCUUGUCCAACGGCUGCCUGGACGACCGGCUCCACGGCCCGAGCAGUGCUGCCCUCUCCUGGACGGAGCGUGUUAGUGUACUGCUUGGGUCAGCGAGAGCCAUCCAGUUCCUGCACUCGAGUUGCCCGCCGCUCAUCCACGGCGAUGUGAAGAGCUCUAACAUCCUCCUGGGGGACCACCUGGAGCCCAAACUGGGGGACUUUGGGCUAGCUCGCUUCUACCAGAGCCCCCGCAGGACGGCGGGGAAGACGUCCAGCGUGGCGCAGACCAAGACGGUGCGCGGGACGCUGGCGUACCUGCCCGACGAGUACGUGAAGAAAGGAGAGCUGGGAGUGGAGAUCGAUACCUACAGCUUCGGAGUGGUCAUCCUGGAAGUGCUGACGGGCCGCAGGGCCUUGGAAACGGACAGCCAAUCCAGAACGGUUUACCUGAAAGAUCUCGUUAGCGAGGGAGAGGAGGAGAAGGAGGAAGAGGAAGGCGGAAGUACGGCGUCUUCCCUGGGGUGUCUCCCGUCAUCCGCGGCCAAGCACAUAUCGAAGAAGCACCUGGACCCCCAGCUGGCCCCCGCAGCGUCCCAGUGGUCCCUCAAUCUCUCCUCGCUCGCCUGCCGCUGUCUGGAUCGCAGGAAAAAGAAACGACCGCCUAUGAUAGAUGUGUAUAAAAUUAUAGAAGACCUCCACUCUCGCCUCCAGUUCUCCAGUCUGGAGUUUUCCACACAUGAGGCCUCGUCUACGCUCCUUGAUCAGUCCCCGCCCACUGCCCCUUCCCCAGCCCCUCCCCCUGCCCCUCUCCUCCAAUCGCUGGAUUCCAUCACGCAUGGCCUGGCUAAGCUCGUUCCUCAGGAGGACACAUACUACUGCCCCGUGAGUUCCCUCUCCAGCCUGCCCCCUCCACAGACUCUGAGCUCGCAGGGGCCUGGGACCCACGUGGGGUCCUGGGGGCCGGACCCCCCCUCCUCUCAGACUCCCUGCGAGUCCGACGACAGUCUGGGAGACUUGCGGUAUUAUUCUUCGGACCCGUCCGUUCUCAGCCCCCCCAGUGGGGACUACCGUGGAGCACUGCAGUCCUGCUCUCUGUCUGGGCGCUCCUCGGCGGAGAGUGGCACUUCACGCGGUGGUGCAAAGACUGACACGUCACAAAGCAGCUCUCAGUCAGACAUGGCCAGUGACAAGAUUGUGAUGAAUGCUGUCAAGCAGCGUUUUGUCCAGAAGAUGGCGAUGUACAAGGAGGGCAAGAUCCCCAUCUCGGCCCUCCUCUCUUCUGACGACUUGUCUUGUGGCGACGCAAGCAAUAAAAGUCAAGAACCAGAGGAGAGCGAGUUUGAGUGCAGUCCAGGGGAGGCCUUUGGCACCAACAACAGCAAAAAAACAUGAAAUUCUUUUUUCAGUGGAGGCCCCUUUUAAAAUGGGUUUUUCCUGAGGAGGGGUUAGACAAUUUGUUAUGGGGGGUGAGGGGAGGUCUUCAGUGGAUUUAGAUAAACGUGUGAAAAGAAGUCAUUAAAUGAGGUCAAAGUAGUACAAAAUAAUGACAUUUCAUUACUUUAAUUUGCACUCAAACCUUUAAACGAUAGAAUCAAAGUUCUCAAAACCAGAUACUUGUUUACAAACCUUCAUAAAGUUGUGGAAGUUAUCAUUUCACAUGGUGCAGUGCGAUUUUCGUCAGUGAUUUAGUUACCAAAAAGUUGGGUACGCCUGCUUCGAAAACCAUUUUCACAUGACCCACACUGCACCUGCUGGUGUGUUCAUAUGAGUCCAUCACUAUGGGCCAACUUUCUAAUUUAGGAGGAGAAUGGCAUGAUGGACUCAGGAUGUGAGGUUUCCAGAAACGGAGGUACUCUUUUGACUGACCACAGAUUGAAAUUGUUAUGUAAUUUAUUUGCAUUUCUGAUGUUCUUUUUUUGCUCUGGUUGACUUGUAUUCAUUUUCUUUUUUUUAUGCAGUAUUUUAUGCUUGGAAGAUUUUGACUUUUAUUUAAGAUGUAUGCCUUAACCCUGAAAUAGUGUCAGACUUAUAUCAGUUGUCCUGUUAAUCAGAAACAACUGUGAUACUCUCAUGUCGUGAGAGCUUUCACUAGUGUCAUUUCAUUAUGGUGUUAUGCUGUUUCAUAUUAAAAUAAUAAUAAUAAUAAUAAUGUUUAUUUUAUUUUAAGAAAAAUCAAAGCCCUGUUAACUGUUUCUGCAACUUGUGAUUUUGAAUAGCUUUGUAAUUUUACUGGUGUCAUAUCAAUAAUUGUUGGUACUAAUUGGAAAAUAAAACACUGUGAAGAUUGGC